AUGAGAAGAGUAAUUGAUGCAAAAGACAGGGAAAUCGAGUCAUUGAAAAGACAAAUUGCUGAUAUGAAGGAUAUGCAAAAUUUACAAGAUGUUGUUACCCAACUAAAGCAUUCAGUGGGAAUAUUGGAUCAGUUAGCUUCAGUUGGAUUCAAAUGCAAACAGCAGGGGAUUGGUGCCCCUGACACAAUUAAAGAUGUUUCAAAACGUCCAUCUUCACCAACUGUUACCAUUGCUAACAAAGCUUCCAGUUCAGACAGUGAAUCUGACAGUAUCCUGCUUUGUCCGGGUGUAGAAAUAAGCAAAGGGCAAAAGAGAGUCUUAUCAAGUAAACUAUCUGCCAAAGAUUUUGUUUAUUCAGCACUUCCAAUAAUUUGGUCAAGGGAGGUGCUGUGCACACAUUCUGUGACUGGCCGGAAGUGCAAUGCACAUAAAGAAAGAGAAGCAAAGCCCCAACUUGAUGCUGAGAAAGUGGAUAGUCUUUGCAGUUAUGUGGAACAGAAAUUUGGAGUCACUCAAAAAGAAGUGAGGAACCUGAUGACAACGAAGAUAAACAAUAUUAUCAAGUGCUGCAAACAGCAAAAAAUUGUUGAACAAAAAAAUUAUUAA